GAUUACUUAUCUAAGGAUUAAAAAUUUAGGAUUAAGUGAUGAAGCAAAUUACAAAUGUGAAGUAACUUCAUCAUUCAACAUCAACAAUUAACCAUCAUCACAAUAAUAAUAACAUGAUCAACAACAAUCAUGAUAAUAUUAAUGGUAAAUUGUUAUCGUCAUCAUCAAUGCCAUCAACUGAUUGUCCAACUACAACAUACUCCAAAUUAUUUACAUUAGAUUUGGAGGGUUAUAUCGUUCUACUCGGGGGCAGGGCGAUUCUCCCAUGUAAUAUAAGUAAGCCGAAUAGUGAUAGCUCCCUGGUCGCGGUACUCUGGUAUCAUGGCGAUAAUAAGAAUCCAAUUUACACGUUAGAUGCUCGUUCAGGUAAACCAGAGACGAUGAAACAUUUUUCCAGUGAAAACCUUAGAAAUCGAGCAUUUUUCAACCUUACCCAUCCUCUUUCAUACCUUCGCCUUGAACCGGUAACCGAGGUCGAUACUGGUGAGUAUCGAUGUCGAGUUGACUUCAAACGAGGUCGAACCAUAAAUCAAAAUGUUUAUCUAAAUGUUAUCGUGCCUAUAUCAAGAGUAACCAUUCAUGAUGAUGAACGAAACAUUAUCAAGGAUGUUGCUGGUCCAUUUAAUGAAGAUUCUUGGGUUAAUUUAACCUGUUCAUCUGAUAGAGGUAAUCCACCCCCAAGACUUACCUGGUGGAAAGGAAGUGACCUUAUUGAUGAUAGUUAUCAUCAAAGUGAUAAUGGAAUUAGUAUUAAUACAAUCACAUUUCAAGUACAACGGAACAAUUUAAUGUCUAUUCUUACCUGUCGAGCCUUAAAUAACAAUUUAACCACACCUUUAAUUCAAAACGUUGCCAUUGAUAUGAACCUUAAGCCUGUUGAAGUAAAGUUAAUUAACCCGCCGACAAUUAUGUUAACCGGAACACAAUAUGAACUAAUAUGCCAAUCAAUUGGUUCCCGUCCACCGGCUAAACUUAAUUGGUACAAAGAGGGUGUACAAUUAACCGGCUUAGGUGAAUCAACAUCAGAUGAUGGCUCAGUUACAACUGCCUAUCUCACCUUAGUGCCUUCAGUUGAUGAUAAUGGUAAAAGAUUAACCUGUUCAGCAAUUAAUCAACAAUUUACAGAUUAUCUUAUUGAAGAUUUACUAAUAAUCAAAGUUCACUUUGUGCCAAUUGCGUCUCUUGCCCUGGGUUCAAGCAUCCAGAAUAAGGAUAUCAUGGAGGGAAGUGAUGUUUACAUCGAAUGCAAUAUUCAGUCUAAUCCAGCGAUUACUGAAAUUGGUUGGUUUUAUAAUGGUAAAAAGCUGGAAAGUGAUAAUAAACAACGAAUCUCUGUCAAUAAUAGUUCACUUUUAAUACGAAAUGUUGGUAAAAUUCAUUCCGGCAAAUAUCAAUGCUGGGCUGUUAAUACCAUAGGUAAAGGGUCAAGUGAUAUUGUCCAUUUAGAUGUUAAAUAUACACCGAUAUGUAGAUCAGGUCAAAGGGUUCACUACGGUGUGGCCAAGCAUGAGGUCGCAGUGAUUGUAUGUGAGGUUGAUGCUAAUCCACAGAAAGAUGUUACCUUUCAAUGGACCUUUAAUUCAACCCUUUCAGGGGAUGAAAAUGUGAAUAAAAGUUCCAAUAGUAUUGGUGAACCGGAACAGAUUAAAUUCACCGUUGAUGGAUUGAAAAGUGUUGCCACCUACAUCCCAAAGAGACCACUGGACUACGGGGUCCUUUAUUGUAUCGCCUCGAAUCGAGUGGGUAAACAAACGGAACCUUGUCUUUACUUUGUCAUCCCGGCGGGUCCACCCGAUGCACCAGAAAAUUGUACACUGACCAAUAUAACUGCCCAUACACUGACCAUUGAAUGUAAUCCAGGUUAUUCUGGUGGACUUGAGCAAACCUUUCACCUUGAGGUUUACAUUAACGCCUCAGGGAAAAAACGCCUUAUCAACAAUUUAACCUCCUCUGAGUAUCCAUUUUUUAUAGCCAAUGCUUUGCCCGCGGGCAAUUUAUUUCACUUGGUCACUUAUGCUUCCAAUGGUCGUGGACAAAGUCCAAUUGUAACAAUUAACGGUAACACUUUGGUCGCUGAGAGAUGGCAAACAGAUUAUUUUGAAGAAACUGUUGUCUCAACUUCAGUGUUACUUUUAAUGGGAACCAUUGUUACCUUAAUUAUUGUCGCAAUUAUCAUCAUCUUGGUGAUGAAGAUACGUAGUGAUGAUGAUUCCCGAAAAGAUAAAUUAAAUUUUAUCAAUCUUUCCAGAAUUUCAGGAAACAACAAUAAAUGCGAGUUAACAACUAAUUGUCUUGUUGGAAGCGUUUCAAUUCAAGGUAAUUGCGGAGAGUCACUAAUCACCACAGCCAAUACUAAUCAUCUAAUUGAUCAACAUGGUGAUGAGUCGAAUGGUAAACAAUUAACUGAACAAUUGGAGUGUAUUGAUGAGAUUUGGGGACCUGAUUUGAUUCCAUCACAAUUAACUUUAGAUUCGUCCGGUUUCAUGACAAUUCCCGUUCUAACGGGAACAAUUGAAGCCGAAAUCUAUGAAUUCAAUUCAAUGGCUCCAAAUGAUUCUGGUUUAAUUAAUCAACAUCAUUAUCAUCAUCAUCACAAUACCCUCACACCCUCACCAGUUUCCCACCUUCAUCAUCAUCAUCACCAUCAACCUAAUCAACAACAACAACAAUUACAAUCAACCUGUGAAUCCAAUCAGGGUAACACCACAAUCGAGGCUUCAAAUUUUUAUGGUAAUCACUGCCAUCUAACAACAACAGGGUUUUAAUUAAUUAACCAUCAGUUUCCUCUCACUUAAUUAACCUGACAAUUAGUUGAACAAUUGAUGAAAAAAUUGAUUCUCAACAGGAAAAAAAAAAUUCAACUCCAAUCACUUUUUGUUAAUUGUAACCGAGAGGAAAAAUUUUCUAUUAGCUUUUUAAUUGUGUUGGAUUAGAAGUGAAAUUUAUUUAAUCCAUUGAAACUUUGCCCAAACUUUUUUUUCACUUUGUCAAUUUAAUUAAUCACAAGCAAACAAUUAACCUUAAUUGUUACUCUAUUAACUGUUAUUGUAAUUUAAACCAAAACAAAAGCUCAAUUUAGUUUAUAUGACAAGAAAUUAAUUUUAUACAUUGUAUUCAAUUUUAAUUGUAACGAUUGAAAAUCUUACACACAAAAUUUAUAUUGAUAUUAAUUGUUGAACAAAUUGUAAUUAAUUGUAAAUCUAUUGAUUGUUUUUAAUAAUUUAAAUUCUGUAAAUUUGAUUGAUUUGAUACUUCAAUUGAAUAUAUAAAAUAUAUAUGAUUGUUUAAUUAUGCAAAUUUAGGUUUUAAUUGUGAAAACUUAAAUUGUUACCAUGAAAUAUUAAUAAUUUUGCCAAAUGAACAACAAUUAAAUGAAAUUUGAUUGAUCAACUGC